GCACAAGUUUGAAUAGGGUAAGAAGCCAACCUCAUAAAAUCUUGAAUUUCAAAAGAGGAAGAAUAUAUUGGUGCAUACUAUAGUGGGUCCUUGCAACGUUUACUGGGAUUCUAAAUGCACACUUGAAAUCAUCUUUAUAACCAAAAAAGCAAACCCAAUUCGAGCAUUCAUAGCACAAAGCUCAAGAUUUUCUUAAAGCAAUAAUAUUCGUAAAUCUUUAACAGAACACUCGUUCUCUAUACCCUCGCUUCUGCUUCACAAAUCGCAACAAACCCACGUUGGCUACCUCGAAAUAUUCGUGGGUUUAAUCUCAAUAACAAUUCCCAGGUUUUAUAAAAAGAAUGCAAAGCUGCUCUUACAGCACAACUUGUUUUGAAUAGAAUGGAUUUCGAAGAGAGUAAAAGAAAGAGAAACUCUGAUCGAAGUUUCAGGAAAUCGACCGAGUGUACAAAGCUUAUUGCAACUAUCACAGCUGGUAUUAUUUUUGGCUUCUGCAUCGGGGCAUCAUUUCCAGCUUUCUCACCGUCAAAGAUUAAACUCAUUUCUCCAGUCGAUACGUAUCUGUGGGACAAAAAACCAGGCCACUUAAAUGUCAUUUCUGCCUCAAAGAGCAACGUCUCAAAGGAAGUACAAAACCAUGAUGAUCCAUCGAAGAUUUGGGUCUCGUCUAAUCCACGUGGUGCCGAAAGACUACCUCCAGCUAUUCUUGCUGUUGAAUCAGAUUUAUAUCCUCGCAGAUUGUUUGGUAAACCUAGUGAGGACCUAACGAUCGAACCAAAGUAUCUAGUAACUUUCACCGUUGGUCAAAAUCAAAAGCCUAACAUUGAUAAGGCGGUCAAAAGUUUUUCCGAUAAUUUUACAAUCCUUUUAUUUCAUUAUGAUGGUAAAACAACAGAAUGGGAUGAAUUUGAAUGGUCAAAGCGCGCUAUUCAUAUAAGCGUCGCAAAGCAAACAAAAUGGUGGUAUGCAAAAAGAUUCCUUCAUCCUGACAUUGUCGCACCGUAUGAUUACAUAUUUAUUUGGGAUGAAGAUCUUGGGGUUGAUCAUUUCAAUGCUGAAGAAUAUAUUAAACUUGUGAGGAAGCAUGGAUUAGAAAUAUCACAGCCCGGUUUGGACCCUAGCAGUAGGGGUUUAACAUGGCAAAUGACUAGGAGACGUGGAGAUCAUGAAGUUCAUAAAGAAACAGAGGAGAAACCAGGUUGGUGUAGUGACCCGCAUUUGCCUCCAUGUGCAGCAUUCAUAGAGAUCAUGGCUCCAGUUUUUUCUCGAGACGCCUGGCGCUGCGUGUGGCAUUUAAUCCAGAAUGACUUGGUUCACGGGUGGGGCCUUGAUUUUGCUCUUAAGAAAUGCGUUGAGCCUGCAUACGAAAAGAUUGGAGUUGUCGAUGCACAAUGGAUAGUUCAUCAAGGCCUACCUUCACUCGGGAAUCAGGGUAAAGGAGAAAAUGGGAAACAACCAUGGCAAGGGGUGAGGGAAAGAUGUCAAAGCGAGUGGAAAAUGUUUCAAGACCGUGUAUCAGAAGCAGAUAAAGAUUAUUAUAAGUCGAUUGGGGUUGACCUGUUGAAUAUAACGGCACAUUAGCCAGAUCAUUAACACAUUCUUUUACUACGAUCCUACCUCAUUGUCGGUAUCUAGUUGUAAACAGUUAUAGAGCUAGAUGUUCAUAGUUUCAUGCCAUAUUAUUUAAGAGGCAAAUAAUAUUAUAUAUGUUAUGACUGGUUUUAGAGAGAAGUUUAUCUCAA